UGAAGACGAAGGAAUAGAAUGGACUUAUGUUAUUUGUAUAUUGGUAACGUCUUUCAACAAAUUAAAAGAGUAAAUAACUCACUAAAGAAACGGCUUGUAGGGAUAUGUCGUAUAAAAAUAUAUUCACUAGACUGCUGUCAUUAGUGUUUGUCGUAGAUGUUAUAAACACAGCAGGACUGACGAGCCAAGAAGUAGCAAAGUUUACAGUUAGUGGUAACUACGAAGCAUCUGUAUCCAUAGACAGCUCAAACUCGGAGUAUUACGUUAUAAGUGCUUCUGGAAUACCCGAUCAUGCGUGGGAGGAGGUGAAUCCAAACACACCAUCAAACCAAAAUUACAACAUCAAGAUCCCUAAGACACCUAUAGUAGCAACAACUAAAGCAUGUGUACCCUUUGGAAAGAUAGGACUGACGAGAACAGGUGUAGCAAUAUACAACCCUCUAGCCGCUGGAUCGGUCAAUGCUGUAGAAGGAGACAGCGCAGAAACUUUUGACAGUUGUGAUGGACAUGCGUCGGCUGACGGAGCAUACCAUUACCACAAAAUUCCCAAUAGUUGUCUAUAUAACAAUACUGUAGAUGAACUUAUUGGUGUGGCGUUUGAUGGUUACCCUAUCUAUGGACCUAAUGUAUCAGAUAUUUCUGAUAGAUGGAUAAACUCGACGGACUUAGAUUCCUGUCACGGAAGAGAAGUUAGUGGCGAGUAUAGAUAUCAUGUGACCGAGCAGUGGCCAUAUUUUCUAGGAUGUUACCAUGGGACUGUUUACGACGAGGUUGUCACGGUUACUUAUGACUGUGAUUUAUCAUCAAAUGUUGUCACUACGUCGUUACUGCAUACCGAAUCAGCUGGCUUAACGAGCGAAGAAAUAUCCAAAUUUUCUGUUUCUGGAAAGUACGAGGCAACAAUAACAGUGGACCAGUCCAACUCAGAAUAUUUCCUGAUCGCAGCAUCUGGGAUACCAGAUCAUCCUUGGGAAAAUGUGAAUCCAAACACUCCGACAAACCAAAACUACAAUAUAAAAAUUCGUAAAAUACCAGAAGUAUCACCUACAAAAGCAUGUGUUCCAUUUGGAAAGAUAGGACUGACAAGAACAGGCGUAGCAAUAUAUAACCCCUUGGCCGGCGGGUCAGUCAAUGCCGUACAAGGAGACAGCGCAGAAACGUUUGACAGUUGUGAUGGACAUACGUCACCCGAUGGAUCAUAUCAUUACCACAAAAUUCCCGAUAGCUGCUUAUAUAAUAAUACUGUAGAUGAACUAAUUGGUGUAGCUUUUGAUGGAUUCCCAAUAUAUGGACCAAAUGUAUCGGACAUAUCUGACAGGUGGAUAACUUCUGCGGAUUUAGACAAAUGCCACGGGAGAGAAGUGGACGGCCAAUAUCGAUACCACGUGACCGAACAGUGGCCAUAUUUUCUCGGAUGUUACCACGGUACUGUUUACACUGAUGUUGUAACCGUUACGUACGAUUGUGAUUUGAAUAGUAAUGAUUGGGACGCAUGGACCUAUUACCUGUGUGAGUGUCCAGAGAACGGUGGAGGCGGAGGAACGGGUGGAGGUGGAUUGCCCCCACCAAUCGAAUGUCGCCCAGACAACCCAAAUCGUCCUGCAAACUGUCCUGAUGGACCACAGCAACCAGACACAAAUAAUAACAAUGAUCAAAGUGGUGAUGGGAAUGGAGGAUGCCGUUUAUGUGUUAACGUGAUGUUUGUUUUAUUCAUUGUUUUAAAAACUUUUCAAGCCUUCUGAUAUAGUUAAUAUAUCAGGAAACAAACAGUAUUCGAUAAAUUACGGUACUGAAAAGGAUUUUAAUUUUGAACAGAACACGAACGUCUAUGCUAUUAACCUUUUGAAUGCAAAGAUAUCUUAAUGCUAUAUAUUUCAUUAUUAUACAUUUUGUCCAAAAGAAUAGUUCGUGAAAACUAUUAUUUUUAGAAAGACAUAGUUGCUAACAAAUUUAGUCUACGGACAUUUUGUGUGUCGCUUACAUUUCCAAUUGUCGGCAGGAGUUAGUCUGUACAUUUAGCUUCUGAAAUCUAUAGGCCAGAUAUAGAAAUGAUUCAAUUUUCUAAGGGAACAAACAAUAGGCCAGAAAGAGCCAGUGUCGCUCAUUUAAAUCUUCAUCUAUAGUCAUGUUUGGUAAAAAUCCUAAUGAAAUUGCAAUUUAUAUCUAUCUUUUACAGUUUUGAAGAAAAACAUUUGGCUUGUAGAAAUUUUCAGUGAUCAAUUUUUGUAGAAGAAGUUUUUUUCUAUACGAUUGUCUUCCUAUUAUACAGUUUAACUGUUUUAAUGAUAUACAUAAUAAAGAUUAAAAAAAUCAACAAAGGAGUCCUGUUUGGGCCGAUUUACCAAUACGACUGUUUAUGAAACUGUCAUCUUUUUUAUUUAGAUAAUAGAUAGUUCAACUAAGUAUAAAUAAAGUAUUGUUUUUAUUUA